AUGGAUCGUGACAAAAAAGCCUCGCUCUUGAAGAGCAGGACCAUGGGACCGACUGGCUCGAAGAACAAACCUUUGUUUAAUUCUGCCGAUCUCAUCAUGCUGGGACCGAAACAGGACAAGCAAGGGGCCAAGAAUCUUCCGGUUCCAUCGCAUGACCGAAAACCAAGCGGAUCUCCGGGCCCCGCGAAGAAACCGAAGCUGGCACCAGGACCGCCUUCAACAGCAGGACCCCCGCGCUUUCCAUCGGUGGUGAAACGAGAUAUAAUGGGCGUCCGCCGAGACACGUGGGAGUCGAAAAUAAUCCAUGUAGAACCGGAAACGCUCAUGACACUUUUCACCAUGGCGGAGAAAGAGAACGACGAAGAGCGCAUGCAAGGCAUCCUCUGUGGCGCUGUGAAACUUUUGAGAAUGCAGAAGCCCAAACCGGACGCCGUGCUGUAUCUGAGUUUGAUGUUCCUCGCGAAAACAAGACCUGCCAUAUUCCAGAGCGAGGUCGUACUGGAGGCCUUCUGCCACCUGCUGAAGAAAGAGACGCCACCCCUGCCAACCAUCAAGGGGAAGAGCGCGAACGCUGUUUCCAUUCUCGCAGCGAAUCUGCUCCUGGCGGUGUUUCAGGAUGUCGAGAACUGGCCGGAGAUUUUCGUUCGGGUGUAUGUGGACGACUCUCUGGGCGAUCGACUCUGGGUCGACCACGAGGAGUGUCGGUGUUUCGUUGAGAACAUCUUGACAGCCUUCAGAACUCGGAUGCCUCCAAAGAGCAUGAUGGCUCCGGAAUUGACUUUCAAGAGUGAGGCGUGCGCGAGCCCGCCUGCAUCGUCGACAGCGAGUUUGGAUGACGACGACUCUCUCAGCAGUCUCCAUCUCGAUUUGAAGGAAACGUCCACCUCGAUGAGCGUAAUUCCGAGAUACUCGACCCAGGAGAAGAACAUAGAGAAAUACAUUAUCGAAGUUAUCCAGGAGCACCUACAGCGUCGCCAGCCCACGGACAUCUCGCGGAAUGUCCUCAAACUCAUGGUGUGCACAUGCGGAGUGAGCGCCGUGCGGGCUCUCGUCGCGCAUCGUCUGGAAACCUGGCUGACGAAUCCGAAACUGACGCGGCCCGCUCAAGACCUCCUGUUGACUACGUGCAUGAACUGCAAUGAGCACAACAAGUCCGACCAGGACGUCAUCGAGUACUUGGUCCGGAUCCGAGUGAAAACCAAGCCGGUCAUCAACCAUUUCCUCCAGUGCAUCAAAGAGCUGCUCAGUCUUCACGCUGAAAACCUGCCCACGAUGCUGAGGAAGACUAUUUACAACGAGCUGUCGCAAUCUCGCAACCCGAACAACAUGAGCCUGAUAUCUGUGAUCCUCCAACAUUCACCGGACCGCGCCGCUCGAGUGCUCGCAGAGAUAUUCCAGGACUUGCUGGCGAACCGUGAGGACUAUCUGCGAGCUUUGCGUGCCCUCUUCAGGGAGAUCAUCCGGUCGUUACGGCACGAACUCGAUUUCCACUCGUUCUGUCUGGGACUGAUGACCGAGCGGAAGGACCUCCAAAUCGCCAAUUUCGAACUCCCGCUCAAAGAACGCCUGAUGAGUCAAGUCGCCGACUUGAUCACUCUGGCCACCUUCAUGGCGAUUACGCCCGCCGUGAAGGACUGCGCCACGGCGCUCUAUCGCGGAGAGAAACGUGACCUGACACCUCUAUUCCAUUUUCAUCGCCAAAUUUCAGCGAUCCAAUGUGACGUUGUGACAUGGCUACAUGAGAGCGUGAUUAAAAUCUAUCGACCCAGCCAUGACGAAUACAUGAACCUACUGCGGAAAUCACUUUUUCUCUGCGAUCAGUUCGAUCAAUACAGUCGAUCUGCGGACAACUGGCCCCCCGAGCAAGAGAGAGCCCUGUACAUGCGGAUCGCUAGCGAAGUACCUGUGAUGGAAGAUACGCUCCUCCGCAUGCUGUUCGUAGGUAUGUCCAAGGAUCACCCACCCACCGCUGCCGAAACUAUUGAUCUCUUCGACCAGCUGAUCCGGAGAGCCGGCGUCGUUUAUCGGGACGACGGACCGGCGGUUCUCCACGUGGAGCGACUUGAAAUCUUCGAUAUAAUCUUCUCGCUCUGUGCCUACCGACGGCCUGAGAUGUACACUCUGCCCGAGGGUUACACGCCUCCCACCGUGGCGGUCGCCGACAUGUACUGGAGAGCGAUGAUUAUCAUGAUCAUCGUCAUAGCGCACAAUCCGUCGACCUGCGGCCGGAAAGCCUGGACCGAAUAUCCGAUUUUGCGAACGAUGAUGUACAUGUGCAUCACGAAUUCGUUCGUGUUUCCUACCGCGGUCACCGCAGAGCAAGGCGAGGAAAUGAAAGCGACCGAAGCCCAGAUCGCCUUGCAAGAGAAACAUUCGAUCCUCGAGUACGAGAUGCACCUCGCUGCGAACACGACGAACAAGCAAGUCGUGGCGAUCACUGAGCAAAACUCGCUGCUACUGCCGAGACUCAUAAGCAUGAAUCCGACCGGUCCGGUGCGGAGACCCCCUCAAGGCGUCUUGGAUCAGCUGAGAGCGCUCAACGAAAAACUCCAUCUCGGUCAUCUGCUCUGCCGAAGCCGAAACCCGGAUUAUCUACUCGAGAUAAUCCGCGAUCAGCAGCAGGGCUCGUCUCAAUCCAUGCCGUGGCUCGCCGACCUUGUCGAAAGCUCCGAGGGCUCUCUCGACAUCCUUCCGGUGCAGUGUCUUUGCGAGUUCCUUCUGGGCGACGCUCUGGAAAUGGGCAACGAAGCCAAUCGUCAACGGAUGCCGCCGAACAAGCGUCGAAAACUCCAGCAGCUCAUGGCGCACCUCCAACGGAUCCUCCGCGACGCAGACUCCGAUCAGAACGCGGCUCGGGAGGUGAUCGAAUAUUUCAUGAAACGCCUGACGUCACAUCACAUGGGACCGCGCGGUUUGGCGGUUCGGGCUCUUCAGCUUCUCCUCUGUCCUCCUACACCGACUGGCGACGACGGAGACUACGAUUGGCUUCUGGAGCAGAUUCCCCAGCUACCUCAUUUCAUCUAUUUGCUCGAUCAAGUGAUCUGUACGCUCAGAGAAGCUGUCCAUAUCGAAACGGACCCCUUCGCCAUUGUUGCCUACGUGAAGUUCCUUUCCCUGUUCACCCCUGACGAGCAGAAAGCCGACGUCUGUCUGGAUCUCGCCCACCUCAUGGUGGAGCGAGCCACGAUCAUGAAUACCAUCCUACCCCAGGACAACACCUCGUUCGUCUACGGUGAACUUUUCCUCAGUUCACUCUUCGAUAUAUUCCUCGGGUAUCUCGACAUUGCCCGGCGGACCCAGUUCAUCGAAUGGAUCGACGAAUACAUCCAGAUCGAAUGGUCCUCGGGAGAGCAAGCCCACAUGCACUGCUUGGUCGUUCAUUCCAUGAUCAUCACCCUGACCUACGGCGUGCCGCGACAGAAUCCUCAACGCUUCGAUCGUCUGCUGAAUGCGUGGUUCCCUUCGAACGGUGACACUGUACACGCAUAUUUGAGCCCAUCUAGGGAAGAGGCUCUUCUGCUUCCGGACUGGUUGAAACUCCGCAUGAUCAGAUCUCCGAUAGAACAGCUUGUGGACGCCGCUCUGAAAGAUCUCCAAUCAGAUCAGCUCGUCCUAUUCAUCCAGUCGUUCGGCAUUCCCGUGGCCUCCAUGAGUAAGCUAUUGCAGCGCUUGGACGGCGCGGUAGAAGUCGAUCCCCAGUCUGUGACGAACGCCAUCGUCGAUAGAGCCUACAUGUAUCAGCUCGUUGAAGUUCAACACAUUCGGGGCGCCAUCGGCGGGGAUCGGUACAAACAGCUUCUGGCCGUAGAUCUCGAAACGCCCAUGGAGUCGGAGUCGGUUGCACAUCCGAGUGUUAUACAGAUAGCUCCACGGCGCAACUGGACAACUAGUCAACCCGAAGCGGAAUUCCAUUCGGUCGGCAGAGCUGUCGUCCAGAUCUUCCGUCUAGAGCCCGAUCGAGCGACCAUCAAUUCGAAGGAGGAACAAGAUCUCUAUCGGAAGCUACAGAAACUUUUUGCCGAGGACAUCGGGAGAUCGAAUCUAUCGGGAAGUUCCGUAGAAGAGUUCAUAAUGACCUGCAAGAGCAUCCUCCGGGUCCCCCAGGAAGCUGAGCUUUUCGUGACGCAGCUCCAGUCGAAAGCGGCGAGCUCGUGCUCACUAUUCAAGCUGACGAUCACCGCGUGUCAGAAAGAACCGCAGACGUCGCCCCUGAUCCGAGAGCUCACCGCGGUCUGCUCUCGGAUCGUUGAUAUGAUUAACGUCUCGAAUACGUCGACCGCCUUGCUUCAGAUGCUGACGCAGUUCCUGAACAGGAGGACCUCGCCCGGACAGAGAGAUCUCGACGUCCAAAUCGGAAAGAAUCAAGAUCUGGCCGAUUCGCUGUCUCAUGUUGCCGUCGAGCAGCCGGAUCGACUCGAAGAAGCGCUGUGCGCACUCGUCCAGAGAGCUAUCCGCAGCAGGGAUAGCGCGGAACUGUGCAAGGCCGUUACCCGAAUCCUCUCGGACGAAAGCCUCGCCGAGCGCUCGAGAAUCAACACGACGUUCAUUCUCGUCGAUUGGUUCGAACGCUCAGAGCCCGAAUGCGUAUGGACCGACAAGGCGGCGCAGCUGAGGCUACUCUUCGAAAAGACCAACGGCCGAGUCUCGCAGACGUCCCGUUUCCGCUUAUACCUCCUAUCGGUCUUGAUCCACCGAGCUCAUUGGACGACUCUAUUGCACUGCAUCAGUCAGCUGCUGGUCCGACCUCUCGACCCGCGUUUCGACGCGAGUGCCGUUCUCGAUUUUCUGAGCGCAUGCAUGUUCAUACCGAAAAUCUGGCAGGGUCGCGACAAGAAACUACCAAAACACCACGUCAUUGAGAAUGUUUUAGCGCUAUCUACCGAUGAGAUCUGUUCGGUAGCCGACUACAUAAUCGAGGAGAUGAUCGAUGCGAAAGAAGAGGAGCACUCCAAGAACGUGGUCACGUCGAGAAUGCACAUCGUCGAACACUCGUGCGUGAAACAGGCUCACAUCACCUUUCUAGCGGAUCACCUGGUGACGAUUGUGAGCGAUAACGGACCCCGGAGCAACGCCGCCAAGACCCUGCUCGUGAAACUGUACCUCUGCAUGCCGUCGAUCAUCUUUUCAGCCGACUCGGUGAAUUACCUCUUGUCCGACAUCAGCCCUCAGAAGAACGGUCACACGCGGGUGGACAGUCUGUCGCAUUCGAUUCUGAUCGCACUGUCGGUGUGCGAUACGGACAAGAAUUUCAAGAGCGAUCUGAGAUACCUGAACUUGAGUUGUCGAAAGCUGGCGGCGACUCAUCCAGAUCUAUUCUUGCGACAAUUGCCCCUAAUCGCAAGUCUGUUGCACUCGCGCAUGUCUCUGGGCAUUCCGAUGUUCGGCCAAAAGAACAACCGGAAGUCGUUCUUCACCUGCAUGCUGGGCAUCAUGGAGCUGCUGAGCAACAAGCUCUACCACCAGGAAUACACCUCGGUGGUGAAUUCGAUUUUCGGAGUCUAUCUCGAGUCGUUGCUGCUCCACGUGAACGCCGGUAUGACCCGCGCGGUCGAGGACAAUAUCGGCGGUAAUCUCAAUCAUCUUCUUGGUCUCGUCCAGUCGUACGUGAAGCACAAUCCGGACGCCGCGCGUGAAUUUCUCGCCGCGCACCAGGAGAAUCUCGAGGAGCUUUCGGCGACCUACAAGCACAUGAAUUCGUUGCGAAUUCUCCUCAAAGGCGGGGUGUUCCUCCAGGACGAUAAAGCGACCGCAUCGCUCGUCGAAAUGCCUGAAGAAAUUCAGAAGUUCCCCUUCAACCUUUCGGAUCGAGACGCGACGAUGAAAGCCCUCCAAAAACUCGAAAUCACCGCCUCGAGAAAACCCAGCAUCCUAGAACUCUAUCAAAACGAGCUCCAGAGCUUGCUUUCGACCGGCGACAGCCAAUUAUGUAAACAUUCCUUCAAACUGGUGUUGAUGUGCAUUGAACAGUGUCCCGGAUCGGCAGGACGCUUCGUGUCUUGUUAUUUGCAAUGUCUGGCUAGUGAGCGGCGCGAUGUGGUUUCGAUGGCUCUGGAGAAACUCCCGGAGUUCGUGGUUCUCUGCGAGGAGUAUGCGCCGUUGUUGCUCCAGAAAGCGUUCCAGUUGGGCGUCUCAUCGAACGUCAAUAGUGUCGAGCCCAUUUCGGAUGCUUUGGAGGUCCUCCACAUGCAGUACGGCAAUUGA